UGGAGGUGAUGUCAGUGAGCUGGUCACAGUCUUCUCAUUGGGUAUAGCCAGCGCAGCGGCUGUACAGACGCUCAAUGCUGUGGUAAGGAUGUGCUGACUGUGAUACUGGGCGGUGCUGUGAGUCUCUGCUCCCUAUCAUACAGGGCGGUACUGUCAGGCUGCUUCCUGUCACACUGGGCGGUGUUGUUUUGAGGUGAGAGCACCGGAGCGAAGAGAAACCCGGCUGAAAUUAGGCACAACUUUCUGUCGAAUGCAGAAUUUACGCCAUCACCAAACACACGGGCAGAGAUGGAAGAGUUUCUGCAAUAUACCAAGUCCAUUCUGAUGAGUGGAAAUGAUUUGCCCAGAGUUCAUGCUGUUCUUGGUGACAACAAAUGUGACCUGGAUUCUGCUGUUUCAACUUUAGCCUAUGCUUACUUCCUUUAUAAGACCCAAUCAACUGAUGUUCUUUAUGUGCCUGUUCUGAAUAUACAACGUUCGGAAUUUCCUCUUCGCACUGAAGUUGUGCUGGUUUUGCAACAAUUGAAUAUCCCAGAUGAUUCUUUAAUAUUCAGAGAUGAAAUUGAUCUCCAUUUCUUAAACAGAGAGGGGAAGCUGACUUUAACACUAGUUGAUCAUAAUAUGCUGACGAGUGAUGAUAAAGCACUUGAAACAGCUAUUAUCAAAAUAAUCGAUCACCAUGACUAUCAUGAACAAGAACGAUUCCAUUCUACUCAGUGUGAAAUUGUCCUGGAGCCAGUUGGAUCCUGCAGCACGCUAAUAGUUUCAGAAAUUCUUCAAGAAGCUCCAGAUUUGCUGAACGAACAAUUAACGCAUCUUUUCAGAGGUGCAAUAAUCUUAGACUGCAUGAACAUGACUUCUGAAGCUGGAAAAGUAACUUUGAAGGAUGAAGAAAUUUUAGCUGCUCUAGAACAGAGGUUUCCGGAUCUUCCUGCACAGCAAGAGAUUUUUGACACAUUGCAGCAAGCAAAAUUUGAUGUUUCCGGUUUUAAUACUGAACAGGUUUUGCUGAGAGAUCUUAAGGAGCUGUCAGAAGGAGAUACAAAACUUGCAAUUAGUACUGUGUGUAUGACCCUGGAGGCCUUUCUAUCUCGUCCAAAUAUUGUUGACGAUUUAAAAGUAUUUACUGGAAGGCUUGGUUAUGACAUCCUUGUCUUGAUGACUUUCUUCCUAAAUGAAGGUGGCGAAGCAAUUCGACAAGUCGCCAUCUACACUGACAAUGAUGAGCUAUGCAACAGAAUAUGCAAUACUUUAGAGGAGUGUCAGAGUCCAUGUCUACAGCUAUUGCCCAUAGAAUAUGGGUUGCAGGAAAUCAGAGCCUAUCAGCAAGGGAGCUCUUCAGUUUCAUGCAAGCAAAUGCUCCCACUGAUCAAAGACUGUAUCUAUAGGCGACAACAAGAAAUGGUAAUGAACAGGAGAACUUCUUCCACUGAAGCUGUCAAUGGCAGUGCUCCAGUUUCAGAAGGAUCGUCUGGUGCUCUAGACUUAUCUGGUCCUGAUGUAGAUUCCCAGAAUACUGAAUAUAUUGGUGAUAAUUCAUUGGAAAAUUCUCAGAAUUUGAACUCUUCAUUGCAGGCCCAUGGCGAUGGCAAUUUAGACCUAAUGAGUCCAGACAGCGGAUUGGCCACUAUCCGAAGCAAUCGGUCAUCUAAAGAAAGUUCUGUUUUUCUCAGUGAUGAAAGCCCAAUACGAGAAGCAGUUGUGCCACCCUCUAGCGUCGUACAUGGAUAUGAUAUGUUUGGUUCGCUGCCUGAAGAUGAAUUAGCAGAGGAAAAGAUUGCAUCAAUCGUCAGUAUGAAUGAUAAUUUUGAUUUGUCUGUCCUUGAUCCAUCACAUUGUACUGACACUCAUGCUGAUGUUACAGGAAAUAAUGAAGAGUUGUUGUCAAAGUUAGAUUCCACCCCUCAAAAAAAUAUUGUGGAAGACGUUCCACUAAAUUGUAAUUGGUCUAAGCCUUCUACAGAGAUAUCAAAAGAAACCAGUCCAGAAGCUGACCUGGUAAAAGCAGAGGAUGUUCAUGUUUACAAACAAGAAAGUGCCAGUGAUAAGUCAGGAGAAGAUCAAAUGCUGCAACAAGUUGUUAGAUCCCAUGUGGCUAAUAUUUCUUUACUUCCUCAAAACCUUUCUGAUGAUAUAAUUGGAUCACAAAUUGAAGAUAAGAAUGUCCCCCCAACACCCAUGAACAGUCUUGUAGAUGGCUCACCCCUGGUUGAAGGGCCUCAUAAUAUUUUUGCAGAUGUCAUCGACAAAAUGAACGAAAUUGUUAUUCUUGACUCUGAUCAGUCAGAUUCUAUGCGUACAGGAGAACAGAAAGAUAUUGAAAUUAGUGUGAAACAGAAUGUGCCCAGCCCAAAAGAUACCUGGAAUGAAAACCAAAAUAAACUAAAUGUACUUGAGCAAUCUCCUGAUUUUUGGACAGAUUUUGAUCAGGAAUUCAGUCAAUCUAAUGUUACCCAUUGUGAUAUCUGGAGUGAAAUUGAUAGGCAGUCUAAGCAAUCAGUUAUGAAAAAUGUUGAUGAUCAGUGGAAUAUAACUGAACGAAGCAUUUUCCAAUCAACCUCUGCUAAAGCCGACACAUGUGAUGAAUUAGACAAAACUCAAUUGAUCUCGAACACUUCUAACAACUGGAGCAAAUCUGUGACAGAUGCAAAUUUGUCAGGUAUUGAUAAUUUUGAUCCCUGUUACAAAUUUAGAACCAAAAAUUUAAUUGUACCCAAAUCGCUAAACACAACAACAUUACCAGUUCAACAGGACAAACAGCAAGGCAUAGACAGUUCACAUAUAGGUUCUGAACAGAAGCAGUGUACAGCAGCAGUAGAAAAUACAUUUAUUUGGAGUGAACCAGUGCAUGAAGUUAUACGACCUCAUGGAAAACUUCCAGAUAUUUCAAAGGAUUUCGAGCAUAAAAUCCAACAAUUAAACACUGAAAGCCCAGAUACCUGCGCAGAGUCUAUAGAAGAUUCUCAACUCUUUGCAUCACAAAUGCCCACAACGUUAAGUGAUUCUGAACUGGAGAUUAAUUUGCCAGUUGCUGUAAAUUCAAUUAUAGGGAAUGAAUCCACAAAUAAAACCCAGUUGACUGGUGAAAUUUUCGAUACAUUUGACCUCAAACCCAGCAAUUUAACCUCUGAAAGUGAAAAAUUAAGGAUGGCAAAGCAUGUCCCCCCGACUACAUGUAAGCAUGAUCUAGAGUUUAGUCCUGAACAGGAGAAAAGGCAGUUAACCUUUGAAAAUACAGAUUUAUGGGAUGAACAUUUCCAGGAAAAUAACGCUGAAAUAUGGAAUAUUGCUCUACAUAAUCCCGAAAGGUCACAAUUGAGUAAUUCUAAUCUAUUGAGUAAGCAAAUAAACAGCAUUAAUCAGGCAAGUCAGGAAGGGAAUGAAACAGAGCAAGCUAUUACUCAGCCAAUAUUUGAAAAUACCACUCCAAGCACUGAAUAUAUGCAGGAAGGACAGCAAGCUACAAUUAGUCGCAAUCAGGCAACAUUUGAAAUGGUAGAGUCAUUGAACCCAGGAGAAUGCAAACAAACAUCUCCAAAUACUUCAGUUAUAUGGGAUGAAUUUGAACAUUGCAGCAAUUCACCUUUUGAAAGUCUAGAGGGAAGUGACAAAUAUAUUGAGAAGAUCAGUCAACAAAGUGCAGAAACUUUAGAUAAAAUGGUAAAUUUAGAUCUGAAUAAUAGAUAUUCUACAACUGAAAAUCCAUACACAGAAGACGGAUAUACACAAGAGAGCAGCCAACUUUCGACAGGGAUACAUCAUCCAUGGAGUGUUUUUGAAGAGGAUACUAAUGAAUCCACAUUCGUAAGUCAAGAACUCCAGUUCAAUCAAGUGCAGGAAGUCAGUCAGCUCACUGCAAGACAGCCUAACGUAGGCCAUGAUUAUGAAAUUGAAGAGAGAUUACCAGACUAUAAAUUCUCCAGAUCCUCUGAUCUUGAAAUGGUAGAAAUGGAGAACCAGCAAACCUCUUCAGCUCCUCAGACAUGGAAUCUGUUACAACAGGAAGGUUCUGAGCUGAAUGAAAAAUUUUCAAAUUCACAGAGCAAAUGUGAAGAACUUUCUUAUUCUGACCUAGAAGAAAAUUGGGAAAUAUCUAGACAGAAAACAGAACAGCCAGUGCUCAACAUUCUUGAUAUACAUUGUAAAGAACAGGGUCGCCAAUUGUUAGCCUCUGAAAUACCACGAGAUUAUCCAGCAGGCACUGAUAUCUACAGAAAACCAAUGGAAGAAGACAAACUACAAGCUGUAAAGAAUGCUGAUAAUUUUCACGACUCUGACUUUGAGUUUAUCCAGGCAACAACCGACUUCCCUACUUCGAAAAGGUUUGAACAAGAGCAAUCAAAUGCACUUGAUUCUAACCAACCUGUAGCAGAUGAGUAUAACCAUUCUUGCACUGAAAUUCCCGACACUUGGAUAGACUCAAAAUAUGAAUUUCCCGAGUUGCUGCCCACUAGUAAUGAUGCAUGUACUGAAUUUGAGCAGGAGUUAGUCGAACAAGAUGAAAAUGCUCCUGAUAUUGUCAAUGACUAUCACCAAGAUGCACAUCAGAUUUCUUCAGCGAAUCCUGAUUUGUGGGCUAAAUCUGAUCAUUUGUUUUUUGAUACAACUACUGUAAAUCCUGAUAUUUUGAAUGAUCAUGAAUUAGAUUCCAGUAAUUCAACUCCAAACAGCCCUGAUAGAUGGAAUGAAUUGGUUGAGGCAGAAAAGCAAGAAUUGGGAAAUCCAGAUAUGUGGAUGGAGUCAGAAGGAAAACCUGCUGAACUGAAGACUGAACUUCCUGAUAUAAUGGAUGUAACUGGACAGCAGUCAUGCCUAUCAAUAUCAGACAAUGUUGCUUCAUGUAAGUGGGCUGAACCUUCUCUCAAUGAUCAAUAUCAGUAUGUACAUAGUGAAUUAGUGCAACAAGCAAACCAUUCACCCUUAGUUGCUGUGGAUGCACAGUCAUGUAAAGUACAAUUAAACAACCAGAAGGAAACAAAACAUGCUGAUGGUUGCAUUGAAUCAGGAGAAGAUUUUGUUACAGCAAAACAAACAUUUGAUAAAAAUAAAGAUCUGACAGAAUUAAAUCAAACCAAGUUUGAUUCUGUACAAGAAGAUGAGCAACAUUUUUUUGUUCGUCCAGAUGCUUGGAUUCAGUUCGGAGAAGAUGCUGCUGAAACAGUCAGAAAAGAUCCAGAUUCACAGGGUAAAUAUCAAGAGAGAAUACGUUAUUAUGAUUUAGAAAAUCAUAAAUUUACACAGGACAGAGACAUUGUAGCUCACGAAGAAAAUUUGCAACAUCCAGUGGAAGAAAUUCCUGUUACUGGGGAUAGUGCAUUACUUUGUGAAAAUGACAUUUCAUGGGGAGAAACUAAGCAGUUUGAAGUCUCAGGUGCUGAAGACAAUGUUUUGUGUAUAAAGAAAACACAUGAUAUGCCGCCUGUACCUCUACAGGAUGAAAGCUUAGAUUCAUUCCUGCUAACUAAAGAGCAACAGGGCAGUAUUUCAAAAGACAAUCGUUCUAAUCUUUACCAAGACAAUAAUUCAUAUAGUAAAAAUGAUGGGAUAAGAGAAAAUGAACGCCUUUUUUCAAAAUCCAGAUGUGCAGAUGACUAUUUUACUUCUGCUACUUCUAGCUAUAGUCUAGACACAGAUAUAUAUGAUCCAGAAAUGAUGGAAUACUUCUCUGUAUCAGAAGAAAAUAUUUUGAAUAUGGAACCACUGAGAGAUUUUUCUCAGACAGUAACAGAGGCCACUCAUUUGAAUGAUACGAUUUCAUCUCCAAGUAUCCGUGCUUCCAAAAUCAUGAAAGAUGAAUUGGUUACAAGACAGAAAACACACAAAAUUAGUGAUGAGGGAUCUCAGCCAACUCGUCCUGAAGUUCAAAGUUUUAAUAGAGACACUAAAUCAGACGUAUUUGAAGAUGCAUUUGUCCAUGGUGCUUGUGAAUCUGUAAGUCAACCAGAUUCACUGAAAACUUCAACAAAGGUUACAGAAGACGCAAAUAUGUUUCCACCAGCAGAUGGUACUGUAGCACAGCCUAACACUGAUAUGUCAAACCAAAGUAAUAUGGAAACAGAGCAAGUGGUGCAAAACGUUCUAGAAAGUGCAUGGCUUUCAUUUGGAAAUGCAAAUAGCAGCAAUAGCAGCAACGAGACUUCCUGUAGCUUAUCAUCUAGUAUCCAUAAAUCAGACUUUUGGGAAGACCUUAGUCCCCAGGAUUGUAGUGUAGUUCCUGAAGGAUUUUCACAUGUUUCUGUUUCUGAGAGUGCUAUUGCAACAGAAAGGCAUAAAGAGAUGGCAGGAAGUGAAGUAAGAGUGGAAACUGCAGAGCAAUUGUCAGACCCCUGUAGCAAAAGAAGUGUUCCCCUUUUGGAACAAAGGUUUGAUAACCAGUACAGUUCCUUGGUUUCUUCACUCAGCUCUCCAGUUUCCUGUAUUGAGAUUGGUAACGGUUCACCAGAAGUUGACAAGGUGGGUAAUUGCCAAACCCAGGUGAACUCAAGUGAACUUGGCACCAAUAAUUUUAGCGUGACAUCUGAUAAAGACCAUGACACAGGAGAAAUGGACUAUAUAAUUGUAGCUGGAAGCAAAAGACCUUGUGAAGAAGUGCCAAAUAGCCAGCAAACUAAAAGUCUGGCCGUAGAUCUGAAUACAGAUAUUAUAAAAAAAGAUUUUGAAGAAGAUGAUUUCUCAACACUUCCUUCAGCUGCAAUUCAACCAAGAAUCAGUGGAAAUGAAACAAGUAACUCUGAGAGAUUUUCUGGUAGCUUACCUUCAGCAUACAAUGCCCCUGAUGCCCAGUUUAUAGGGAACAAUGAUCAAAAUCAAGUUGGGGCACCUUUGGAUGAGAAACCAACUAAAGAUCAACAGAGUGGAAAAAUAAUAGAUUUAAAUGAACUGUCAGAUACCUCACCUGAGGAAUAUCCUAGUAGGACAGAAAUGAGUGAAUCUGGUUCAGAGCAUUCAAUUAAAGAGCUGAUGGCAACGAAUCUCGUUUCUAAUGAAACCAGUGCAGAUAACACUGAAGAAUCUGAGACUGACUAUGAUGCCAUGCAUCAUAGGUCUUCAGAAAUAAAUGUUAUAACGUAUUCGAAAAGAACUGUAUCUACAGACGAGCUAAGCGACAGUGAGACUGAGAGCACUGCAUCCCAGUUCUCUGUGAGGGAGGCCAACAUUUCACAUGAAGAUUUGAGUGAAAGUGAAAAGGUGGCAGAACAGAUUUAUCCCAAACCAUCUGCUACUGAAUGUUCUGCUUUACCGGGAAAAGAAUUAAGGAGGGAAAAGAUUAUUUUAAUUGAGAAAGGAGAUUCGACUGAAGUGAGUUCCUUAAACUCCGUACAGGAGUUUGCACCUCAAAACUGCAAGGCAAUGGCGCAAGAUUCUCUCCAGGAACCCCUUACGGAAGUAAAUGGAACCGCGCUGUAUGAAGAGUAUACGAGUGCUUCAAAACCACUGAAUAUACUUUGA